AUGUCUCUUUCUACCCUUCGUCGAAGUUGUCUACGUCUCGCCAUACUUCGCAAUCAAUUCUCAAUUCCUACGAUUCCUACAAUAUAUAACCGCUCUUUCUCAUUUCCUGUUCGCACCAUGUCAAUUCCAACGACCAUGAAGGCCGUCGUGGUCGAGCAGACCGGUGGCCCAGAGGUACUGCAGUACAAAUCUUACCCGGUGCCAACACCUGGUGAAGGCCAGCUUCUCGUGAAAAACAACAUCUCCGGCGUCAACUACAUCGAUACAUACUUCCGCACGGGUCUAUACGCCUCACCCAAACCCGAAAUACUAGGUCGCGAGGGUGCCGGUACCGUUGUAGCCAUCGGUCCUAACACAACCGGUUUCCAAGUCGGAGACCGAGUUGCUUGGCUGGGCACCAGUGGAUAUGCCGAGUAUACUGCUGCUCCGGCGGCAAAGACUGUCAAGAUCCCUGAGGGAAUCAGUGACGAGGAUGUGAUGGCAUCUUUCCUGAGCGGAAUGACGGUUCUCUCUUUUGCCAAGGAGACCUACCCUGUGCAAAAGGGCGAUUGGGUGCUUCUGCAUGCUGCUGCUGGUGGCGCUGGCUUCCUCUUGACCCAGAUUCUGAAGCUGAUGGGUGCCAAGGUUAUCGGUACAGCUGGUGGUGCUGACAAGGUCGCUCUUGUUAAAAGCCUCGGCGCUGAUGUGGUGAUUGAUUACCGCAGCGAGGAGGGCAAAGACUGGGUUAAGCUGGUUAAGGAGGCUACUGGUGGCCGUGGAGUUGAUGUUGUGUUCGAUUCAGUUGGCAAAGAUACCUGGGAAGGUAGCUUGGAGGCUGUCAAGCGCAAGGGUACCAUUGUCUGGUUUGGCAAUGCUAGUGGGCCGGUGCCUCCCAUUCCCCUCCCGAAACUCUCUCCCAAGUGCGUCAAGAUCGCUCGCCCAACCCUCUUUGGUUACAUUGAGACGCGAGAAGAGUUCGAGUACUACACCAAUGAACUAUUCACCUUGCUUAAGUCUGGACAGUUGAAGGUCAAGAUCCAUAAGGUUUAUCCUCUGGAAGAGAUUGCCCAGGUUCACCAAGACUUGGAGGGCAGGAAGACCACGGGCAAGCCCCUUUUGAAGCCCUGA